CAGCUGCUCACAUAUGCCUGCGCGAGCAUGCUACAGAUGUGGCAUACGUCAGGCAUGUGCUUGAUGGGUAGGUCGAUGGAUGCUCUGCUUGUGGUUGAUAAGUACGCGAAAUCGAAAUGCGUACCUGGAUCGCGAACGGUGGACACGAGUAUGUUCCCGAUUCGGUUACGGGGACAUCUACAUAGCAAUGUGAACAUGAUUGCGGAGAAGAUCACCAAGGAGAUCAAGAGUGGGAAAUAA